UUAUGUAUUUGUCCUAUUUUUCUUUUUUUCUUUUAUUAGGCAGAGAAUGUUAAAAAGGGUCAAGUUGUUCCAUCUGCUAUUUCUAGGUCGUCGUGACGAGCAUAGAUUAUGAGUAAAAACAGCAAAAAGGCAAUGGCGGCUAUUCUUCAGACAGUCACCGAAUUUAUUAUGAAAAAUUUCGGAAAAAUGUGAUCUCCGUGUCGGUUCAUCGCGAACAAAAUCGAGGUGUGGCCUGAAGGCCAAGGGAUGGUAUUGCAUGCAGAAAAGAGAUGGCACACAGUAUGCGUAGACAAUGGCUGGCAAACGUAUAAAGCAGUUGCUUAAUUCAAUGAGUAACGAAUGGUGGUUAAUAGUGGAUCAAAUAGGAAAGAUCGUCGGCAGGCAGGAAGGAGUAAACACUCGAGUGUGCCUAAGUAAUGAGCGAGACUCGGCAUCAUCUUCACUCGGUUUCGGACUUGUAUGCAGCCGACGAGAUAGAAGUACUUCUCUUAGAAGAGAUUCGUGACCUGGAACUACCAGCCUCUGCAUAUUCUAGACCUGAGGACAUUCAGGACUUUGAUAUUGGCAGUAGAACAGGGGGGCAAAUUACCUCCCAACCUUUGGAGCUGGAUUCACCAGGGGUCCAUUCAACAGUCCAUUCAUGGGACUCACAUGCUAAUUAUCAUGGUCAUUAUGGCUAUGGUGAUCACCAUGGCUCUUCCUCAAAUGCUUUGGCUUGGCCAAGAGCAAGUCAUUUGGUACUUUAUUGUGACAUACAGGGGCAUCUUAAAACUGCUAUUGGUGUUAUUAGACUUUUACUACUUAUAUCAUCUGCAGCGUGUUUGGCAACAUUAUGCAGCUCCGGCACUGCCAAGGUCAGCUUAUUUAUGUUGCCUUUAAUCGGGCGGCUGCGUUUCAUGAUCUUUGUAGCAGUUUUCUGUUUUUUGGUCACUGCAUUGCUCCUCUUCCUUGAUAUUUCGCAUGUUAUAUAUGUUUUUCCUUUCAAUUGGGCAAAAUUGAAUGCUUGGAUAUUCACUGGUAUAGGCUUAUCUUAUGCCUUGAGUAGUGCAUUAUUAGCAUGCUCUAUAUGGGAAUAUCACAGUGGUGGCUGGGUGCCAAAACGCACUCGGUCUCAGUUGUCUGCAGCGGCAGCGCUUGGAUUGUCAUGUGCUAUUUUAGCCUUCUUACUUUCAUGGAUACAUGGUCGCAGUGGAUCAAGUUGUAGGAGUUCAGAUAGUCGCAAUCAUACACCAACACAACUUUAUAAGCCUGUUGACAAUUCUUCCUCUUCGGGAGUUACUCUCAAAGAGCGGAGCCCUAAGAGGCCUGCUUCAUGGGCUGUCAAAAAUCAACAGUCAAGGAAACAAAAUAUAGACAGUGAUACAAACACAAAUAAUGGCCAUCACAGCAAUGAUAAUCAUACAAAAUACAAGCAAGAUGCCAAUAGAAAAGAUCACUGGGCUUCUGCAAGGGAACACUUCUUACAUACCCAAGAAACUAACGAAGAUAUUCAAAGAAGUGAUGUCGAUAUUGAAAGGAGAAGGAGAAGGCGAAGAAGAGAUGGUGAUAGUAGUUCAGGCGAUGGAAAUCUAAUAAGUACCAAAACCAAUAGUGGUCAUAUUCUGGAGGAUAAUAAAUCUAGACGGGUGCCGCGGAAAUUACCUCUACAGUCGGUAGAACAAUCCCGACCUUGGCCUGGUGCUGAACAUAGAGGCAGUGGUUCUAUACAAAUUAGAAAUAAAACUUUACAAAUGCCAGUGAACAAUAAAGCACAGGACUAUUGUGGCAUAGAUGAAUCUAGUUCAAUGCAAGUGACUCAAAAUGGUUUCCACUGGGAAAUGGAAUGUACAUCUAGCAACAGUAUGGAGAAAGCAGCAGAAAUAGCUAUGGAUCGUACUGCCAUGUGGACUGGACAAUGGCAUCCACCACCUGAUGACGUCCAACCUUGUUCUAGCAAAACUAUUGAUCCUUACAGCUUUGCCUGAUUGAAUAUAAAAACGCGUAUACAUGUGUUAGAAAAUGUUGGACUCAUUGCAGUGAAUGACUUUUGGGAACAGCUAUGUAAUACAGAAGUUUCCCUUGAAACGAUAGUUUCGUAAUAUCAUAUUGAACCUUCUUUCACUGUUUGUAUUAAGGAAAGGAUAAAAAAGAACGAAAAUAUUUUAUUGUCUUACCAAUGAAAUAUUUAUAUCGUUUCUAAACGAAUUUGUCCAAAUUGAAUGUGUUUAAACUUACAUAUGUAAAAGUCACUUUAAUGUUAAAGUAGUGCACAGUGACCAUAACGUCUUUGUUAUCAUCUUUUAAGUCUAUAUUUUUCUUCUCUGUGCAUAAAAUGAGAUUAAGUUUGGAAUUAAGUUGUUAAUCAGUUACUUAUGCAGGUGUAGAUAAAUUCCAGAAAAGCUCUAUAUUGCAAUCAAGACCAUGGAAUAAUGUCUUAUGUCCAAACAUUUAAGAAUCCUAUAUAAAAUUAUUGUUGCCUUGUAUAUUAUGCUGCCAAGAAAAUAAUUUCUUUUUAGUUGUCGAUUUUUGACAUUCUGCAUUAUACAACCAGACUGCCCGUCUUUGACAUACAGAUAAUGUCAUUUCAUUCCAAUUAUAUAUCAAAUAAUAAACCUAAGUAUUAACGGGAUUAUUUGUAAGUAUAACUUAUAUUAAUAAUUAAAGAUUAAAAUAUUUAUUUAUUAUUUUGUUAUACUUUGAUGUCAAUAUAUUCUGUUUCCAUGCAUACUCAAUAGUUAAUAAUCAGGCAAAUGUAUUAAUUUUCUGUUUUAUUACAACUGUAAAUUUAUGAAAAUUGUUUUUUAAACAGGCAACAAGUAUUUAUAUUAAGAUUGAAAAACUAAUAUCAGUUUAGCAUUUCUUGUUAUAAGUGAAUUAUACAGAGAAUUAGUAUGCAUGGAACAAGUGUUUAAAUUAUACUACUUCGAUUAUUGUUCAAAAUGAUAUUUUUGUUGCACGGAGAUGGACGUAGAAAUGUGUUUCACAAAUUUAGACGAGAAUUGAUAAACACAAGUUAUUUUCUGUAAUUAUACCAUAACGAAAUCUAGUUUUUUAUUAGUAUUUUAUACGUAAACGGUUGAGUUUUAUACAAUUAUGUAGUUUGGUAGCUUAGAAAAAGUCCAUCUCUAUUUUUGUAAAAGGUAUACGCACUAUUUGCAAGAAGGGAAUAUAACGAUCAGUAAUGGUAUUGCAUUACUUAUUUACUUUAAUGAAAAUCUCAAACCAUUUCUAGUCCAGUACUCUUGUACAACCUUGUCUCUACUGAUUCAUCAAAUUAAAGAGCAAAGUAAUUUUUAGUACAUACAUAUCGUAUUAGAGGUACAAUUCAUCUUGAAAAUUAUCAGAAGAUUGUGUUUCUUGACCGUUUGGUCCUUGAAAUCUCUUUUUAUCAUACAACAAGUGGUACAUAGAAUCGAUUAUAUUGGGACCUCUGUUUUGUUUCACUUGAUUAAGAUUAUUAUAAUCAUAUAAACACAAAGAAAUAAUUAAUUUCGACUAGAAUCAUAAGUGACAGCUACUUUGUCUUUUGAUACAAUAUUAGAAUAUAUACAUCUGGAUCAGACAUCUAAUUAUAUGUUGGCGUGUAUAACGCGUCAGUUAUCUAAUUAAUUGAUUAGCAUAAGGAAAAAAUGCGUGUUCAUAUAGGAUCAUAAAGAAAAAAAGAGAAUAGUAUAUAUUAUGGUAGCUUCGUUGUGUCAAAAUAUUGAUGAUGUUGUAAUUUGGUUUUCUUGAACACAACGAAGAAAUAAAUGUAAUUUUUCUUAUA